AUGCCUCCACGACACCAAACACUGCCUCCGGCACAGACCGCUGCCGCCCGCGAAGCCCUGCAGUCUUUUUACUGCAGUCUCUGCUCGAAGGGAUAUACUCGCAUGAAUGACUACGAGGCGCAUCUCAGUAGCUAUGAUCAUAGUCAUAAGCAGCGUCUCAAAGACAUGAAGGCCAUGGUUCGCGACCCCAACGCCGGCGCCCGAGCCCGCAAAGCCGAGGCCAAGGCAGACGGCCUUGUCAGCAUCAAGCUCGCCAACAACGAACAGCCACAGCAAUCUGUCGGAGGCGGGGGAUUCAAGAAGGGUGGUUUUAAGAAGUCGGGCUUUAAGUCGGCCUUCGCCCAUGUCGACACCCCGACCGCGCCAGACGCGCCAAGGUCACAAGUCGGCCAAGCCCUAGAAGCUGACAGGGUGGCGAAUGCGCGCGUUCGAGAUGCUGCUGUAGAGAGCGAUACCGACGACGAGAGCUACGAGCAUUACGAUCCGCGAUACCCCACCGACUGA